AAGCAGCUUAGCUAAUAACUUUAAUUAAGAGAUGGCCAUUAAUAGGUUUCAUCAUUUCUCAGUCCUCAUCUUUCUGUUGUUACCGUUAUUCUUGCAGUUUCAUUCUGGUAAGAGCGAGCUGCAGUAUAAUUACUAUGCAGAAAGUUGUCCAAACGCUGAGGAAAUCAUCAAACAAGAAGUCAUAAAGCUAUACAAAAUACAUGGAAAUACCGCUGUUUCCUGGGUUAGAAAUCUCUUCCACGAUUGCGUUGUAAAGUCAUGCGAUGCAUCGCUCUUGUUGGAGACAGUGAAUGGUAUCGAAUCAGAGCAGGCAUCCGAUAGGAGCUUUGGCAUGAGAAAUUUUAAGUAUGUGAAGACAAUCAAAGAUGCUCUUGAACAAGAAUGUCCCAUCACAGUUUCUUGUGCAGAUGUCGUCGCUCUUUCUGCAAGAGAUGGGAUUGUCAUGUUAGGUGGACCAAGAAUAGAAAUGAAAACCGGACGGAGAGAUAGCAAAGAAAGCUAUUUCGCAGAGGUGGAUAGCUUAAUCCCUAAUCACAAUGAUAGCAUAUCGUCAGUGCUUUCUCGCUUUCAGUCCCUCGGCGUUGAUGUCGAAGCCACCGUUGCCCUAUUAGGAGCUCAUUCAGUUGGACGUGUUCACUGUAUAAAUUUAGUGCACAGACUUUAUCCGACCGUCGAUCCAACUCUGGACCCACAUUAUGCCGAGUACUUAAAAGGAAGGUGUCCCAAACCAGAUCCUGAUCCAAAGGCUGUGCUUUACGCAAGAAAUGACCGAGAAACACCCAUGAUUCUUGACAACAAUUACUACAAGAACGUCUUAAAUCACAAGGGAUUACUCAUAAUAGAUCAACAGUUGGCUUCUGAUCCAACAACAUUACCUUAUGUGGAGAAGAUGGCUGCUGAUAACGGCUAUUUUCAGGACCAAUUCUCCCAGGCCGUGCUCUUGUUAUCGGAGAAUUCUCCACUUACAGGAGACCAAGGAGAAAUAAGAAAGGAUUGUCGCUAUGUUAAUAGCAACUAACAAAGAGUUCAAUUGUAAAAUGAAAAACAAACUUGUAUUAAUGCUUCCAGAAAUUUUCUAGUUUUGCGUGAAUAUGCAAUAAAUGAAUCACAAGAUUAUGUCAUUGUUAUAU